GGUUGGCCCUCCCAGUAACAGUGUGGGCUCCUCAGGUCCAGGUUGGCCCUCCCAGUACCAGUAUGGGCUCCUCAGCACCAGUAUGGGUUCCUCAGGACUGGUAUGGUCCUCCCAGUAACAGUAUGUCCCUCUCAGUACCAGUAUGGGUUGCUCAGGACCAGUAUGGGCUCCUCAGACUGGUAUGGCCCUCCCAGUAACAGUAUGGGCUCCUCAGACUGGUAUGGCCCUCCCAAUAACAGUAUGGGCUCCUCAGCACCAGUAUGGGUUCCUCAGGACCAGUAUGGCCCUCCCGGUAACUCUAUGGGUUCCUCAGAACUGGUAUGGCCCUCCCAGAACCAGUAUGGGUUGCUCAGGACCAGUAUGGCCCUCCCGGCACCCAUAUGGGUUCCCCAGGAUCAGUAUGGCCCUCUCAGAACCAGUACAGAUUGCUCCGGACCAGUAUGGCCCUCCCAUGACCGGUACAGACUUCCCGGGACCAGUAUGGCCCUCCCCAUACCAGUAUGGAUUUUUCAGAACCGGUAUAGCUCUUCCCAUACCAGUAGGGACUCCUCAGCACCAGUAUGACCAUCCCAGUACAAACAUGACCCUCCCUAUCCCAGUAUGGAUUGCCUGGGACCAGUAUGACCCAGUGCCAUUAUGGAUUCCCCAAGACUGGCAUGAGUCCCUGUAUCAGUAUGACCCUGCCACUACCAGUAUCGAUUCCCCAAGACCAGUAUGACCCUCCCCAUACCAGUAUGGAUCCCCCAGGACCAUUAUGAUUCUCCCAGUACCAGUACAUAUUCCUCAGAACCAGUAUGACCCAGUAUCAGUAUGGAUCCUGUGGGACUAGUGUGACCCUCCCAUUACCAGUAGGGAUUCCCCAGUACCAGUCUGACCCUCCCAGUACCAGUAGGGAUUCCUCAGGACCAGUAUGACUCUCCCAGUACCACCAUGGCUCUCUCAGUACCAGUAUGGAUCCCCCAGUUCUCCCAGUACAGGUGUGACCAUCCGAGCACGACCAUGCCUCUCCCCAUACCAGUACGGAUGUCCCAGUCCCACCCAGUACCAGUACAACCCUGCCAGUACUAGUGUGGGUCUCCCAGUUUUCCCAGUACAGUUUUUCCCCACAGGUGGCGGCAGCAGCGCAGGAUGCCCGGGGCCGGCCUGGCCGGGCGUUUGGCUCCGCUCUGAGCCCACCAUGUCAGGUCAGCCCGGCCAUGCCCCCUUCGCCAGCCUCCAGCCCAUGGCCGAGCCCCCCCAGAUCCUGCCAGAGCUGAGCCUGCUGCCGCGGCGCCUGCCCCCCCAAUUUCGGGACGCGGGGAGCGCCCCCCUCCGCAAACUCUCCGUCGAUCUCAUCAAAACCUACAAACACAUCAAUGAGGUGUACUACGCCAAGAAGAAGCGGCGGGCUCAGCAGGGCCCCCCCGACGCCGCCGGCACCAAGAAGGAGCGGCGCCUCUGCAACGAGGGCUACGACGACGACAACCACGACUACAUCGUCCGCAGCGGCGAGCGCUGGCUCGACCGCUACGAGAUCGACUCCCUCAUCGGCAAAGGCUCCUUCGGACAGGUGGUGAAGGCUUACGACCACCAGGCCCAGGAGUGGGUGGCUAUCAAGAUCAUCAAGAACAAAAAAGCGUUUCUGAACCAGGCGCAGAUCGAGCUGCGGCUGCUCCAGCUGAUGAACCAGCACCACACUGAGAUGAAGUAUUACAUCGUGCACCUCAAGCGCCAUUUCAUGUUCCGCAACCACCUCUGCUUGGCCUUCGAGCUCCUCUCCUACAACCUCUACGACCUCCUCCGCAACACCAACUUCCGUGGCGUCUCCCUCAACCUCACCCGCAAGUUCGCCCAGCAGCUCUGCGCCGCCCUCCUCUUCCUCGCCACCCCAGAGCUCCGCAUCAUCCACUGUGACCUCAAGCCCGAGAACAUCCUCCUCUGCAACCCCAAGCGCUCCGCCGUCAAGAUCGUCGACUUCGGCAGCUCCUGCCAGCUGGGCCAGAGGAUCUACCAGUACAUCCAGAGCCGCUUUUACCGGUCCCCGGAGGUGCUGCUGGGGCUGCCCUACGACCUGGCCAUCGACAUGUGGUCCCUGGGCUGCAUCCUGGUGGAGAUGCACACGGGCGAGCCGCUCUUCAGCGGCGCCAACGAGGCCGACCAGAUGAACCGGAUCGUGGAGGUGCUGGGGCUUCCCCCCCCCCACAUGCUGGAACAGGCCCCCAAAGCCCGCAAGUACUUCGAGAAGCUGCCAGAGGGGGGGUGGGCCCUCAAGAGGAACAAGGAGAGCAAGAAGGAGUACAAGGUGCCGGGGACGCGACGUCUCCACGAGGUGCUGGGGGUGGAGAGCGGUGGCCCGGGCGGGCGCCGGGCGGGGGAGCAAGGCCACGCCCCCUCGGACUACCUGAAAUUCAAGGACUUGGUCUUACGGAUGUUGGACUACGAACCCCGGAGUCGCAUCACCCCCUUUUACGCUCUCCAACACAACUUCUUCAAGAAGACCAACGAUGAAGGUACCAACACCAGCAACAGCACCUCCACCAGCCCGGCCAUGGAGCACAGCCACAGCACCAGUACGACCAGUUCCAUCUCCAGUUCGGGUGGCUCCAGCGGCUCCUCCAACGACAACCGGAGCUACCGCUACAGCAGCCGCUACUACGGGAGCGCGGCCGCCCCGCACGGCGACUGCGAGAUGCAGAGCCCCCAGGCCCCCCCAGCGCAACCGCCCCGACCUUGGCCCGGGGGGGACCCGGCCGCACCCCCCGCCUGCACCGACGCCUUCACCCCUUUGGGACCCCCCAAGCCCCCCCAGAUCUUACCUGGGGGGGGAGGAGGAGGAGGAGGAGCCCCCCCCCCUUUCCCACGCCCCCCCCCGGCCCCCCACCCCUCCCAGCACCACCAGCACCACCAGCAGCACCAGCACCACCCGCCGGGGCCCCCCCUUUCUCUCCCUGGGGGGGGCUCUUUAAGCGAGCGGAUGAUGGAUUUGGGGGGGCCCCCCCCCGCCUCCUCCGCCGCCCCCCCCCCCGCCGCCACCUCCGUUGCCCCCCCCUCCUCCUCCUCCUCCUCCUCCUCCCCCCCCACCCCGCCACCACCCGGACUGUCACCCCUUUGCCCCCACAAUUUUCCGGACUCGAGGGGGGGUCACCGGUUUUGGGGGGGGCGGGGGGGGGGGGCGAGACGACGCACGGCACCACCGCGGCGGCGGGGGGGGGGGAGCACACACCCCCACCAUCCCCCCCCCCUCCCCACCACCCCCACCGCCGCCACCAUGACAACAGGGGGGGCGGGGGGGGGGCAGCACCCCCCUUACGGGGGUCCCCAUUUCCGGGGGCGCCCCGAGCACGAGGACUCGGCCAUUUUGGGGGGGGGCGUCCCCCAAAGUACGGCCGCCAGCUCUUGACAAACCCCUCCCUCCCCCCCCCCCCCUUUUUUA